AUGGAAUGAUAUCCUAAGUCAAAGUAAGUUUAAUCAUGUCGUCUCAAAACAUGCUCAAGCACUUAGUACAAGUAUAUUGUUUGUUGAGUUAGAUCAAAAUAAGUUAACCUACAAUUGUAUUAAGUAAUCACAAACUCCAGUCCUACGCUUCCAUACAAAUUCCUGUGAAACCCUUGAAUCUUCGUCAUUUACGAAAUGCCAAAGCAGAUUGUAUUUCUACAUCCAGACCUGGGCAUAGGUGGUGCCGAAAGACUUAUAGUGGAUUCAGCAGUAGCCUUGGAGUCAUGUGGUUAUAAUGUCAGCAUUAUUACAAAUCACCACGACCCUAAGCAUUGUUUCGAGGAAACAUUACAGUCAAAUCUGAGUGUUACAGUUGUAGCUGAUUGGUUUCCUCGUUCCAUCUUUGGUUACAUGACAGCUUUAUGUGCGUAUAUUCGCCUCAUCCUUGCAACACUAUAUUUAUUAUUUUAUGAAAAGAAACCAGAUGUAACAUUUGUUGACCAAAUAUCAGCCCCUAUGAUUCUGCUACGGGCUUUUGGAUACAAGACGAUAUUUUAUUGUCAUUUUCCAGACUUGCUAUUGACGAAAAAUAAAAAAUUUUUAUUGAAAAAACUGUACCGAAUACCUAUUGAUUAUAUUGAGCAGUUAUCAACUGGAAUGGCUGAUAUUGUUCUUGUUAACAGUAAAUUCACAUGUGAGUUAUUUAUUUAUUCAGUUACUUAA